AUGACAGCAGGACGGUGGCCAUGGAAGUCGGAAUCCGCUAAGGAGUGUGCAACGACUCACCUGCCGAAGCAACCAGCCCUGAAAAUGGAUGGCGCUGAAGCGUUUUGCCUAUACACUACCGUUACGGGCAAGUGCGACGUGUUAACCACACAUAUCUUGGUGGUAGUAGCAAAUACUCCAGCGAGGCCCUGGAGGACUGACGUGGAGAAGGGUUUCGCGUGA